AUGAGAAAUGUUGAAAUUAAGGCCAAAAUUAGAGACAUGGUCAAGAUUUUAGCUAAAGCGAAGGAGUUGAGUGGUUCAGAGGGUACAGGAAACGCAGAAUUGAUAUACUAUGAUAGACCAGAUGCGGAAGGACCGUCUCUAUCUGAAUUUGAGCUUCACGAUGUCCAGGCACCGAAUGUUAACUCUUUGAACAAUGUUCUAUCCAAAGCUUUGGGAACUAUAGGGGACGUUAAAAAAAUUCGCCAACUGUUCAUAGUUGGUCAAACCAGAAUUCAUGUCGAUAAAGUUGAGAAUCUUGGAGAUUUCAUGGAAUUAGAGGCGCAGUAA